AAACCAUUCCAUAGCUACCGCCUGAUGCAGUCCGUCCGUAUUGAGAUAUCGCCAUAGCCAAAUAUAUGGACGGACAUGGAGAUACAUGUAUGUGUACGAACGGACACGUCUAUAUGUGUGGGGACGCGCAUGGUGAUCUGUGCAUGAACGCAACCAAUGAACCUGAUCUAUGUGCGGACAAGAUAUACAGUCCAGGUCAAGCUUACAUUGACCCAUCUUUGUCGUACUCCCGCAAUUCCCGAAAACGAAUCUUAGAAACAAACAUGUCAUUUGAGGAGGAGAGUAAUGUGUCACGUUGCGGGCAAGCUAAGACCACGUACAUCAGAUCGGUCAUUUCAACUCCCGGAAGUGGUGAUGGACACAAUCCGUUGACAUGUCCAGACAACAACCCCUGGUCAGCUCUACUGACCACAUCUCAGAUCAACACCAAACGAAGGGACGUCAACAACAAUACCAAAAAGCGCGCCAAGAAAAAGGACAAAAAAAAGGCCAAUAUCAUCAUACCAUGUGGGGAACAAUUGCAGGAACAUGGCGCUAAAUCUAGCAAGUUUACGUACGAGCUACCUCCCCUGAGAGGCGUUCCUCGUGGCGGUGGUGGAGGUGCGCAGCGUUCCAAUUUAAAAGUCAGUGAGGUCAUUCUUGGUGUGAAUUGUUCUAAUAUCAUCACUGCAAGAGAAAACAUGAAUCUUGAAUCGAGGCUGACAUAUUUAGAUAAAACAGAAUACCGACCAGGAUUUAGAGCUUCAACAAAGAAAGCAAAGCAAAACAGCAACUCCAUGGGGCAAACGCACGCCACAAUGUCCUUCAAACUACCGAAACUUGUUGAAAACGAACAGAAAUCUGAAGACUAUGACCAGAAAAAUGAAAAAAGUGUUUUUAAACUCCCGUCAAUUGUCGGUACGACGUGUCGGUUAGACGCAUCAACAAAACAGUAUUCUACUACCACCAACCCGGAAGUGCCAGAAGACAGUGGCUCUACCUGGUGUUCACUCGGAAAUGUAAAACUGCCACCUAUCGGUCCAUUGUCCAAAGGAGUGAAUGGGACAAGAUGGAAAAACAAGUACGGAGAACAGUGAUGUGUGUGAGCGUCAUCAGUGGAGCUUUGAAGGAGGAAAUCGGGGGAGAAAGGGCAGGUUUGGAGGGGUCUAUUUAAAUUAUUUACUGAAAUAUCACGCUGGGUACUUAUCACACAUCACAAAUACCAAAUAAUAUCUUUAAACUCAAACAGUUACUUCUAUUUAAGAAUAUAUGCAAUCUUGCCACGAGAAUUAUCAUCUUAAAAAAAUAUUCAGAUACCACUUAAUUGAUCGUGGACAGACGUACUAUAAAAAGAAUAGCGUACUUAUAUUAGUAUACCAUUUUUAUCAAUGACACAGUACAUACAUCAUAGCCACGUUUUAUCACCAGUGUAUAGAUAAAUAUCAUCCCUUCUCUGGUAAAUACAAUGAUUAUUAAUACUGUAGCAACAGUGCAUUACUAUAUUGUACAAAAAUCUAUGAAAGAAAGAAGCAUACAUUGUAUUAAUCUAAAAAAGUGUUAUAUGCUUGUGUCAGAAUGAUAUCUAUUA